ACAUUUUGCGUGGUUUCGAAGCGGUUCCGGAAAAACUACAUUCACCGAUUCACAGCGACCGACUCGAUUUUUAUAUUUAGUCCCUUUAAUUCGAUACGAAAAAUUUGUAUAUACCUAAGCACAAAUCAGUACUUCGAUUAUCUGGUUAUGGCCACCAUAUUGCUCAACUGUGUCUUCCUCGCCAUGACCGAAACAAUUGAUGAAGCAGAGUAUAUUUUUUUAGCCAUAUAUACGCUCGAAAUGAUAAUAAAAACCAUAGCAAAAGGGUUUAUUUUGAACAAGUACACAUAUCUGCGGAACCCGUGGAACUGGCUGGACUUUGUGGUGAUUACCAGCGGGUACGCCACUAUUGGCGUGGAGGGUGCCAAUUUGGCCGGCCUUAGAACCUUCAGGGUCUUACGUGCCUUGAAAACGAUAUCAAUAUUACCAGGCCUUAAAACGAUCAUCAAUGCCCUGCUGCACUCGUUCAAACAGUUGGCCGAAGUAAUGACGCUGACCAUCUUUUGCUUGAUGGUUUUCGCCCUAUUCGCCUUGCAGGUGUACAAGGGCGAGUUACGCAACAAAUGCGUCCUGAAGAUGGAUGACAAUAAUGCUACAUACGAAGACUGGUUCAAUUGGACGCGAAAUUCCGAAAAUUGGCUCAGACGCAAUGAAACCGAAGAGCCAAUCUUGUGUGGAAAUGUGACUGGAUCCAGACAUUGUCCAAUCACACACACCUGCCUGUGUGUUGGCGAGAACCCCAACCAUGGCUACACGAGUUUCGACAAUUUCCUCUGGUCCAUGCUGACCACUUUCCAGUUAAUCACCCUCGACUAUUGGGAGAACGUCUACAAUAUGGUUUUGGCAUCGUGCGGUCCAAUAAGCGUAUCAUUUUUUACUGUAGUCGUUUUUUUCGGCUCUUUCUACUUAAUUAAUCUAAUGCUGGCUGUGGUGGCUCUUGCCUACGAGGAAGAGGCGGAAAUAACCCAGGAGGAACGUAAAAAGGAGCUGGUUGACCAUCGGGAGGACUCAACGUUCAGCUUCGAUCCGACCAAUUUGAACGUUAAGCGACUGUCGCGGCAAAAAAUCAAAAAGAUCGACGCCCGAAAGGGCGUCCUUCUGUCGUCCUACACGCGGAAGAAAACGCGAAGACGGAAACGGAAUCGCAACUCGACCAAUCCGAAGUCCGAAACGGGGAGCGGCAUUUUGGAGACCAGCGGAGGCCAACCGGAGAACAACGAAUCGACCUCCACUAAACCGUCGCCGAAGAAAAAUGGCCGAUCAGUCACGCCCAGUCGCAGUCCCAGUCCCAGGCAGAGUCAAACCAGCGGCUCUCCAAGACCUCAACAGCUGGCGCUUCCAUAUCCCACGCAAAAACAUGUUCAGUUGUCGGAUCCCAAGUAUCCAGACACGCUUCAUCCCAACAAACCUCUGGGUCCGACCAAAAGCGGCAUGCAAAGCAGGCAAGCCAGCAGUAACAGCGAAGGAGGCAAACAGUCCUCUCUAGAUGAUUCGGGAGUAGGGGAUGAUCAUGAGGAGGGCGAUGCCACAUCGGAGGACGUGGCCUCUCACACUCACUCCUCGCUAAGAAGACUGGAAGUGACUCCAGUCACAGUAGCAGUGAGUCCCAAGCAAAUCAAAGUGAUCAAAUGCAACGGUAUCGGCUCGAACAAAAAAAAGUCGGAGCUGUUUGCGCUCCAAACCGACUAUCUGUCGCAAAUCGUCGUUCCAGAUCAGGAAAUUCCAGACCGGAACUGCUUCUGCUGCGAAAGAUGCUGCGUGGACUAUGAGGGCUGGCUGCAGUUCCAGCAGGGCCUCUACCAGAUCGUCAAAGACCCUCUAUUCGAGCUGGCCAUCACAGUUUGCAUUGUUCUCAACACUAUGUUCCUGGCCAUGGAACAUCAUGGAAUGAGCGAGUCUUUGCUGCGGGCUCUGGAUAUUGGGAAUAAGGUCUUCACGUCGAUCUUCACCUUCGAGUGCUGCCUGAAAAUCAUGGCUCUGAGCAAGGACUUCUUCAACUGCGGCUGGAACGUUUUCGACUUAAUCAUCGUCUCCGCCAGUCUUCUGGACCUGAUCUUUGAACUCGUCGACGGUCUGUCAGUUAUCAGGGGACUUCGUCUGCUUCGCGUGCUUAAACUGGCGCAAUCCUGGAUCACUAUGAAAGUGCUGCUGAGCAUCAUCAUCAGCUCGAUUGGGGCUCUUGGAAAUCUCACUUUUGUGCUGGUGAUUGUUAUUUACAUUUUCGCCGUCAUUGGCAUGCAACUGUUCUCCAAAGACUACACCGAGGAGAAGUUCUACCCAGAUCCUGUUCCAAGGUGGAACUUCACGGACUUUUUCCACUCGUUUAUGAUGAUUUUUCGCAUCCUGUGCGGCGAAUGGAUUGAACCGUUAUGGGACUGCAUGAGGGCAGAAGAUUAUGACGGCCCGGGCAUUUGUCUGGCAGUGUUCCUGCCCACGUUGGUGAUGGGCAAUUUCAUGGUGCUGAACUUGUUCUUGGCCCUGUUGCUCAACAGCUUCAACUCGGAGGAGCUUCGACAUCGAAAAGAGGAAGUGGGUGAUGUGUCCAAGCUCACCCAGAGCUUCCAAAGGAUCAGGGACCUGGUACGGAAGCGGCGCUUACAGGAACAGCGCCAGAAUGAGAACAACUCUCGCUUGGAGCAGAUAGUACGGGAAGUCAUGCAACGCCAUGCCGAUGAGGAGGCUUUCAAAGCUGGCAAGUUUUCCCUGGGAAAAAUUGUCUUUGCUCUUGACUGUUUUUUUGCUUCAGCUGAGUUCAAGAAGGCCCAGCAGUUUCCGCGGGAUAAGCGCAGCUACCAGGAGGCAAUGAACCGCCCGAUAUCCAUCAUCAGCUACGACAUUCCAGAGUAUCAGGACAUCCUGCUGGAAAAGGGCAAGGACUCCUCCUACAGCCAGCAGCACUAUGCGCUGUUUCUCAGCACAUCCUCAAAGGACACGGACAGUCCGCCUAAGUACAGCAAAAGCGAAAGGCGAAAGCUCAGAAACAUGUCUUCUGGGGUGGACACCACAAACAGCAGCAGAGACACAGAAAACACUAAUCUGGAUGCGAAAAGCGACAAAGUGCUCACCACGACGGAAUCCAAAGAGGACGACGGCAAAACCAAGCAAGCAGCUGCAGACAAUCUGCAGCCUUGGCAAACGCUGGUUUCUUAUGUGGAUGAGCUGACUUUAGGAGGCAGGAGAAACUCGAAAGGGCACUUUAUCGAUGGAAUGGGCAACUUUCCGGGGUUUGGCAAACCAAAACCCCCAAAAGUGCCCUCCAAUUGCUUCCCGGCUACUUUCUACAACCGAUGCUCCUGGUUGAACAGAUGCUCCGAGUCAGAAGUGGGGAUCAAAUGGACCAAGUUCCGGACAGCAGUUUUGGCCAUUGUGGAUACUUCGACCUUCGAAUGGUUUAUUUUGGUGCUCAUUUUUGCGUCCAGCGUCACCUUGUGCUUUGAGGACAUUCAUCUGGACGAGAAUCCCCGACUGAAGGAGCUGCUCUAUUGGACCAAUUUGGCGUUUUCCAUUAUAUUCGUCAUCGAGAUGUUCUUCAAGUGGGUCGCCCUGGGGUUUAAUAAGUACUUUUCCAGUUUCUGGACGCUGUUGGAUUUUUUAAUUGUUUUCGUCUCACUGUUCAGUCUCCUGAUCGAGGAGAAUGAGAACCUAAAGGUGCUUCGAUCGCUGAGAACGCUGCGAGCGCUUCGCCCCCUUAGAGCGAUCAGUAGAUGGCAAGGAAUGCGAAUAGUUGUAAACGCCCUCAUGUACGCUAUUCCCAGUAUCUUCAACGUAUUGCUAGUAUGCCUGGUAUUUUGGCUGAUUUUCUCCAUUAUGGGUGUGCAGUUUUUCAGUGGAAAGUUCUACAAGUGCGUAGACGAAAAUGGAGAGCGACUGUCCUUAAACGUGGUCCAGACUAAAUGGGACUGUGCAGACCUGAACUACACUUGGGAGAAUUCCAAGAUAUCCUUUGACCAUGUGGGAGUCGCUUAUCUGGCCUUGUUCCAAGUGGCAACUUUCGAAGGCUGGAUGGAAGUGAUGGCCGAUGCAGUGGACGCAAGGAAAGUGAAUGAGCAACCGACCAGAGAAGCCAAUAUCUAUGCCUAUCUUUACUUCGUGGUGUUCAUAGUUUGCGGCUCAUUUUUCACUCUAAAUCUAUUCAUAGGAGUCAUUAUCGACAACUUCAACAUGCUGAAGAAGAAGUAUGAAGGUGGAGUGCUGGAAAUGUUCCUAACAGAAAGUCAGAAGCACUACUACACAGCCAUGAAGAAACUCGGGCGGAAAAAGCCACAAAAAGUGAUCAAAAGACCGAUGAACGCCUUCCUGGCCAUGUUCUACGACUUAUCCAAUUCGCGACGUUUCGAAAUUGCGAUAUUCGUGCUCAUCUUCCUCAACAUGCUCACCAUGGGCAUCGAACACUACGGACAACCGCAUGCAGUGUUCUUCAUUCUGGAAGUCAGCAAUGCUUUUUUCACCACAGUCUUCGGCUUAGAGGCCAUCGUUAAGAUGAUCGGCUUAAGAUACCACUACUUUACGGUGCCUUGGAACGUUUUCGACUUCCUGCUGGUUCUAGCCUCGAUCCUCGGAAUUUUAAUGGAGGAUAUUAUGAUCGACUUUCCCGUUUCGCCCACACUUCUGAGGGUGGUGAGAGUGUUCCGAAUCGGAAGGAUUUUGCGACUGAUUAAGGCUGCUAAGGGAAUAAGGAAGCUGCUGUUUGCGUUGGUGGUGUCUUUGCCAGCCCUGUUCAACAUAGGCGCUCUUCUGGCUUUGAUUACGUUCAUUUAUGCCAUUAUUGGGAUGUUUCUUUUUGGUCAUGUGCGGCAACAGGGUGCUCUGGACGAUAUGGUAAAUUUCGAAACAUUCGGCCGAUCCAUGCAUCUGCUCUUCCGCUUGAUCACAUCGGCUGGAUGGAACGACGUGCUUGAGUCCCUCAUGAUCGAGUACCCCGACUGCGAUCCCCACUACCGGAACCAGACGAAUGGCAACUGCGGCUACCCCCUCCUCUCCAUCAUCUACUUCACCAGCUUCAUCAUCAUCAACUACAUGAUCGUGAUCAACAUGUACAUUGCGAUCAUUCUGGAGAACUUCAACCAGGCCCAUCAGGAGGAGGAAAUCGGUAUAGUGGAGGACGAUCUAGAGAUGUUCUACAUUCGAUGGAGCAAGUACGAUCCUCAUGCGACGCAAUUUAUCCGAUUUGCCCAACUGUCGGACUUCAUAGCGUCGCUAGACCCGCCACUGGGCAUCGCCAAGCCCAACACAGUGGCUCUGGUCAGCUUUAACCUGCCCAUUUGCAGGGGGAACAAAAUCCACUGUUUGGACAUUCUUCAUUCUCUGGUUAAGCACGUGUUGGGACAUGUGGAGGAGACUGAUAACUUCAGACAGCUUCAAGAGCAGAUGAACAUCAAAUUCAAGAAGCAGUUCCCCACUCGAAAAGAACUGGAAAUUGUGUCCUCAACCAGGAUCUGGAAACGACAGGAUAAAGCAGCCCGGCUGAUGCAGAGGACAUGGAAGGAAUACUUGAGGCGCAAGAAGGAAAAGGAACGCGAAGCCGAGGAAGUGGACGAAACCACGCAAACAUCAUCGCCGGGCGAUUGGCGCAGUCGGCUGUCAACUUUCCUGCACGUGCAUCGUGGGUCUCGCGCCUCCUCUCGCAAGUCCUCCAGGGCCUCAGACGCGAGCGAUCUCAGCGAGCUGGGUGGUCCCUGGCUCAAUUUGCCGCUGCUUUUGCUCUCAAGCGCCGCCAAUGUGCCUCCGGAGGACCUGGAUUUGAGGCGCGAGUCCGCCGAUGUGGUCAGCAUCAAAGUGAGCCAGGCCACUCCUGAGGGUGGCUCACCUCCACGAGCCUCUACACCUGCAGGUGGCCCUCGACGCCGAAGCCUCUACAAUUUCUUCCUCAAGCAUCAGGAUGCAGUCGAAAAACCGGACUCUUCUAGUGCCGCCACUUCGCCAGUUACUCCUAGAAAGGAGUUCAAAGUUCAAGGUGCGCUGAGUCUUCAUCCAUCCAUGGCAGAAGAGCCGGCAGUGAAGCGAGGAAGCAUCAUCCGAAGAAAACGGGUUGGAUCGGUGAAAGCGCGCCCGACCUCAAUGAGCUCAGCAGGCGGCUGCCAGCGGACUCAGUCGGAGAAAUGCGCUCACAGCUCAGACGUGAGCAUCCUGGUCACUGAGGCCUCACCGGAAGGAGCCUCCACUCGGCCGGCCCUCAACAGGCAAAACAGUGAGGCCACAGUGGUUCAAGUGCUGGUGCAUCGCGAAAGUGAGGAAUACAAUCAGGAUGAGGACCAAGGCGCAGCUGACAAAGCUGACCAGGCUAGCAGCUGAUCGUAGCUAGAUGAUUAGAUAGCUACCAACUAACUACAUAGUCAACAGUUUUGUGAUAUGCAUAGGCUAAGGGUUGUUUCUUUGCUCUGAUAUUUUCGCCAAAUUCUUCUUAGGGCGUUUUUUAAUCUCGAAAGUCUUCUUUAGCUCUUCUAUGCAACACUUUUCGAUUGUCGCCUGCUGGCGUCUAUACAAGCAAUUUACUUCCCUGUUAGCUACUAUUGGGGCCGUUUUAGCUGAUCAAACUUUUCCAUUUCUAAAGCUAUUUUUUAUUCUCAUAGGGCGCAACUCUUAGUAAAAAGAGAAUAUUUGUUUUGAUAGCUCUGUUAGGCAGUUUGAACAGUAGGAAAUUGAGCACAGCAUAUUACAAUUUAUGUAUUCUUUA